UUGAACAAGAAGAUGUUGGGUACUUUUGGUGACUAGCACCAUCCCACGUUUUUUCUUUAAAAUUCCUGAGCUGUUGUUUACUAGUACAUUUCUUUUAUUCCUGUUUCUACUAAAGCUGAGUGUUACUUGGGUGGAGAGCCUCAUUGCUUUCUUUUCUAGGUCCUUCAAUCCUUUGCUAAUGUUUCUGUCUGAGAGUUCCCGAAGCCAGGGUUCUAGGAGCGUUUGGCAUGUCUGAACAGCUGAACCACGAAAUAACGGAGCUUUGCCAAGCCAGUUCACCUACGUUGUCUCAUCUAAUAUUCCCCCAAACCCCUGUGAGGCCGGGCCUGCCGGCCUUUAGGUGCCAUGCUGUGCUGAGGCCUCAGCCAUGCCCAUGCACGAGGAAAGCCCCUGAAGCUCACCCGAAGGAAGAAGCAUGCAGGGGACCCCUGGAGGAGGCACGGGCCCUGGGCUGUCCCCCGUGGACAGGUGGAUGCUCCUGGUCUUCAGCUUUACUCUGGCAGCAGCUUUGGGCCAAAUGAAUUUCACGGGAGACCAGGUUCUUCGAGUCCUGGCUAAAAAUGAGAAGCAACUUUCACUGCUCAGGGAUCUGGAGGGCCUGAAGCCCCAGAAGGUGGACUUCUGGCGUGGCCCAGCCAGGCCCAGCCUCCCUGUGGAUAUGAGAGUUCCUUUCUCUGAACUGAAAGACAUCAAAGCUUACCUGGAGUCUCACGGCCUUGCUUACAGCAUCAUGAUAAAGGACAUUCAGGUGCUGCUGGAUGAGGAGAGAGAAACCAUGGCCAAAUCCCGCCGGUUGGAGCGCAGCAUUAGUAGCUUCAGUUAUUCCUCUUACCACACCCUGGAGGAGAUAUAUAGCUGGAUCGACAACUUUGUAGCUGAGCACUCAGAUAUUGUCUCAAAAAUCCGGAUUGGCCACAGCUUUGAAAAUCGGUCCCUUGUUGUCCUGAAGUUUAGCACUGGAGGAUCUCAGCGCCGGGCCAUCUGGAUCGACACUGGAAUCCAUUCCCGGGAGUGGAUCACCCAUGCCACUGGCAUCUGGACCGCCAAGAAGAUUGUCACCGAAUAUGGCAAAGACCAUACCCUGACAAACAUACUGAAUGCCAUGGACGUCUUCAUGGAGAUUGUCACCAACCCUGAUGGGUUUGCAUUUACCCACAGCAUGAACCGCCUGUGGCGGAAGAACAAGUCCACCAGACCUGGAAUCUCCUGCAUCGGUGUGGAUCUUAACAGGAACUGGAAGUCAGGUUUUGGAGGAAAUGGCUCUAAUAACAACCCCUGCUCAGAGACUUAUCGCGGGCCCUCCCCUCAGUCGGAGCCAGAGGUGGCUGCCGUCGUGGACUUCAUCACAUCCCACGGGGACAUCAAGGCUCUGAUCUCCAUUCACAGCUACUCUCAGAUGCUCAUGUACCCUUACGGCCACUCACUGGAGCCUGUUCCAAAUCAGGAGGAGUUGUACGACCUGGCCAAGGAUGCAGUGCAGGCCCUGUAUGCGGUCCACGGCAUCAAGUAUAUUUAUGGCAGCAUCAGCACCACCCUCUAUGUGGCCAGCGGGAUCACCGUCGACUGGGCCUAUGACAACGGCAUCAAGUACUCCUUUACCUUCGAGCUCCGGGACACCGGGCGCUAUGGCUUCCUGCUGCCGGCCUCCCAGAUCAUCCCCACGGCCCAGGAGACGUGGCUGGCACUUCGGACCAUCAUGGAGCACACCCUGAACCACCCCUACUAGCAACACCACCGAGGGCAGAGCAGGAAGGGUCGUUCCCUUCCCCCAAGGACUGGGGCUCCUCCUGAAACCCAAGGGAUGCCUCCUCUUCCCCACGUCCCAACCCUGACCCCUUAGGAAAUAAAUACAAGUUUCAACAGGC